AUGAAAUUGUCUAAGCCCGCAACAUCGACCGCCAGUGUCGUAUCAAAUCAUCCUAUGACAAAUAUAAAGCUACCUGACAUUAAAUUGAUAGAAUUUAACGGUAGUUAUGACAAGUGGACUCAAUUCCAAGAAACCUUUGAUGCUCUUAUCAAUCAAAACAAAAUGCUCACCGAUAUUCAAAGGUUUUUCUAUCUACAAGGUUCUCUUAAGGGUGAAGCUGCUCAAAUAAUUGCUUCAUUAAAUGCAACCGAGGCCAACUAUAAAAUCGCUUGGGACUUACUUCGGGAACGCUAUCAAAAUAGGAAAGCUAUUAUUAAUUCGCACAUGAAGGCAAUUUUUGACUUGCCGAAUAUUCCUAGAGAAUCACACUCGCUCUUGAGAAAAUUCUUAGAUGAAUUCCAGAAACAUUUUAGAUCCUUGAAAAGCUUAGGUGAAAAUGUUGAUGAAUGGCAUACCAUAUUAAUAUUUCUACUUAGCUCCAAAUUAGAUUCGUCAACCAGAAAGGAAUGGGAAAUCUUCAUUAAUGACAAUAAUACUCCAAAAAUUGAAAAUUUCUUAUCAUUUCUCGCUCAACGCUGUUCUCUCUUAGAAUCUUUGGACACCAAAGCCUAUACAUCUGACCCAAAUAAUAUAUUUAACAAGAAAUCAAGAGAAAUUCGUUCUUACUCUCAUUUAUCUACAAAAAAUAAUCUAUGCCCUUUAUGCAACCAAUCCCAUUUCAUUUAUUCAUGUAAAGAAUUUCUAGACAUUCCCAUAGAAAAAAGAUUUGCUGAGAUUAAGCGUCUUAGGUUGUGCUCGAAUUGUUUAAGACCUGGACAUUCAAAUUAUUCCUGCAGAUCAAAAUAUUCCUGUCGGUUUUGCCGGAAAAAACAUCACACUCUACUUCAUGAUAACUCGAAUGAUACCAGCAAAACUCGAAUCCAUAAUCAACCCUCCAGCAAUCAGUCUCAUACUCAUCAAGAGUCCAAUUUACCCACGGAGAAUAUUUCCGAAAAUUUGCAUACUCAUUCAGUGGCAUCUCAAGUAAGUCACUGUACUUACACAAUUCUCUCCACUGCAAUUCUCAAUAUUUUAGACAGAAACGGAAAAACAAUUAAAUGCCGAGCUUUACUCGACAGUGGCUCGCAAUCAAACUUCAUUACCAAAAAAUUAUUCGAUAAGCUGAAUUUAGGAUAUACCUCUGUAAACAUACCGAUUUCCGGUUUGAGUCAAAAUCUCAUAAACAUUUCCAAACGAGCCACAAUCCAAUCCCAAUCUAUAUGUAACAAUUACACUUUCAAAUUGCCUUAUCUCAUAAUUGAUAAAAUCACCGGCCUUACACCUCAACAGAAAAUACCUCUAAGCCAUUUCAAAUUUCCAGGCAAUAUCUGUCUUGCCGACCCAACAUUUCAUAUACCUUCUGAUAUUGACAUGCUCCUAGGUGCUGGCAUAUUCUUUGAUCUACUUUCUAGUGGACAAAUCAAAUUGGGUAAAGGGCUACCCAUACUUCAGGAAACAAAGCUAGGCUGGAUAAUAUCCGGACCUUUGUCCAUCCUUCCACCCGCUUCCACGAACUCUUCUUUUCUAUCAACGUCAAAGAAUAUACAGUUACAAGAUUUUUGGCAGAUCGAGGAAAACUUUGCAGGUCAACAAUUCAGUACCAAAGAAGAAGCUGAGUGUGAAUCUCAUUUCUCUGAAACCUUCACAAGAGACAAUACCGGAAGAUUCACAGUUAGUUUACCCUUAAAGGAAAAUUACCCCAAAUUAGGUGACUCUGAAGAAACAGCCAUCAACAGAUUCCACGCGAUCGAAAGAAAACUCGAUAAAAACCCUGAACUCAAGGCACAAUAUUCUGAAUUUAUUGCUCAAUAUCAAAAUUUAGGUCAUAUGACUAAAAUUAAUCGCAAUCAUCAAAGUCAAUAUCCUAUUUAUUAUCUGCCACAUCAUUCAGUAAUGAAACAUGAUAGCACAACAACGAAGCUUAGAGUAGUUUUUGAUGCUUCUGCAAGAACCACUUCAGGCAUCUCGUUAAAUGAUGUUCUUAAAGUUGGCCCAACGAUUCAAAAUGAUCUCUUCACCAUAAUAUUGCGUUUUAGACAACACAAUUUUGUAUUAAUUGGCGACAUUAGUAUGAUGUAUCGCCAGGUCAAUAUUAAUCCUGAGCAACGUAGUCUCCAACGAAUAUUAUGGCGGGAUCAUCCCAAUCAAGAGCUAUCACAUUACGAGCUAAAUACAGUUACCUAUGGAACUGCUUCCGCAAGUUUCCUUUCUACACGUUGUCUCAAACAGAUCGCCCUAGAAAAUCAAAUCACAUUUCCUGUUGAAUCAAACAUUAUCUCAAAUGAUUUUUAUGUUGAUGAUCUCCUUACAGGCGCCGAAACAACAGAAAAUCUAAUUCUGAUACGAAAAAAUUUAGUCAACAUGCUUAAGGGCGCAGGUUUUGAAUUGCGAAAGUUCAGUUCCAACGAACCAACUAUCCUUACUGAUCUUUGUGGGCCAGAAGGAAAUUCCAUCAAACAUCUCGUUAACGAAUCGCAAAGUACGAAAACUUUGGGAAUUUCUUGGAACUCCACAUCAGACUGCUUCAUCUAUAACUCACAAUUGUCCCUUGAUUAUCCGAAUCCAGUUACGAAGAGGAACAUCUUGUCAACCAUUUCUCAAAUCUUUGACCCUCUAGGUCUCCUUGGUCCUGUCAUAGUUCAAGCAAAAAUUUUACUCCAGCAGCUAUGGCUGGCCAAUCUCAAUUGGGAUGAUCCUAUUCCAACUAAUCUUUACAAGGCUUGGAUUCACUUUUGUAAACAACUCCAAAGAGCCAAAAUUCUGGAGAUCCCCCGUCAUGUCAUUCAAGGAGAACCGAUUAGUGUACAAAUACACGGAUUUUGUGAUGCAUCUAUUCAGGCAUAUGGCGCAUGCAUAUAUUUGAGAUCGCAAAAUCGCAAUGGUCAUAUACAAACCAAUCUAUUAUGUGCGAAAUCACGCGUUGCCCCUCUCAAGACCAUUUCCCUUCCUAGACUAGAGUUGUCAGGUGCCUUACUAGUAUCAAAGCUAGUAAAAAAGGUGAUCCAGUCCAUGAACCUCAACUUUGAGUCAGUUUACUAUUGGACUGAUUCAACCAUUGUCUUAGCAUGGUUGAGUGCCGAACCUCGUACAUGGAAAACUUUUGUGAGCAAUAGAAUUUCUGAAAUCCAAGGUCUAUCUGACACCAAUAACUGGAAUCAUGUACCUUCAAAGGAAAAUCCUGCUGAUAUUAUUUCUAGAGGGAUCAAUCCUACCGAUCUUGAAGGUGCUGAUUUGUGGUGGCAUGGGCCACAUUUUCUAUCUAAAUCUUCAGAUAAUUGGCCACAAGAACGUCACAUUUCGAACUAUUCGCGUACAGCUUCAACACUUGACGAAUAUAAUCAAAACAACACUUUCAUGCUAAUGUCAGGUGACAAUUUCAUUUUCGAAAGAUUCUCAAACUAUUCUAAGAUGAUACGUGUCAUAACUUAUUGUUUGAGAUUCGCUAAAAAAUCAAGAGGAAAACAAGAUACUGAAAUAAAGUCACUAAAAAUAAAUCCCUUUGAGUGGCAAAACACGGAAAAUUUGCUGCUCAAACUCGUUCAAGCCCAGUGUUUCACCGAUGAUUUGAAAGAUUUAACAUCUACGAAAUCGGUCAAGUUUUCCAGUUGUCUGAAAUCUUUAAACCCCUUUUUAGACACUAAUGGCAUAAUCCGAGUGGGAGGCAGAUUGGAACAUGCAAAUGUUAGUCCCGAUACUAAGCAUCCUAUUCUCAUUCCGAAAAAACACCCCUUUACAGCGAUGCUAGUGCGGCAUGUUCAUGAAAUUAAUUUUCAUUCUGGCUGUCAGGCAACCCUUUCCUUUAUAAGAAGGAGGUUCUGGCCAUUAAAUGGUCGCGAUGCGGUACGUAAUAUACUCCGUCAAUGCAUACCAUGUUUCAGAGCCAACCCACCAAUACCUUCGAAUCAAAUGGGCAACCUUCCUGCUCCACGCGUAACCCCUUCUCGCGUUUUCUCUAAUUGUGGUCUUGACUAUGCUGGACCAUUUCUUUUGAAAGAUGGAAAAUAUAGAAAUCGGAAAAUCCUAAAAUGUUACGUAUGUAUAUUCGUGUGCCUGUCUACAAAGGCGGCUCAUAUUGAACUCGUGAGUGAACUAACGACUGAAGCGUUUAUAGCAGCAUUCAAGCGAUUUGUAUCUAGGCGAGGAAUGUGUACGAAUAUUUAUUCAGAUAAUGGAUCCAACUUCAUUGGAGCCAGAAAUCAAUUCAAGGAAAUAUACGAAAUUCUAUCCAGUAAGCCAAUACAAAGGCAUUUUGAAAAUACUCAAAUGCAGUGGCAUUUUAUACCUGCUCGUUCAGCCCACUUUGGAGGGCUUUGGGAGGCCGCUGUGAAAUCGGUAAAGCAUCACCUCAAACGUAUUUUAUCCACCGAUCGUUAUACUUAUGAAGAGUUUAUGACUAUACUAACUCAAAUAGAAGCUACUCUAAACUCGCGUCCUCUCGUUCCCUUAUCCUCUGACCCCAAUGACCUCGAGGCGAUCACUCCAGGACACUUCAUCAUCGGAGAACCAUUGAAUGCCGCUCCUCAACUCAACGUCGAUGACUCUAAGUUUCAUCACUCCAAAAGAUUACAGCACUUGCAAAAACUCGUACAAAGUUUUUGGACCAGAUGGAGGAAUGAUUACCUACAUAAUCUCCAUCAAAGAAACAAGUGGCAAUUCAAGAAAGAAGUCAAGGAGCUGAUAGGCAGACUCGUACUCCUCCGUGAUGAAAAUUCCUUACCUCAGCAGUGGGCCUUGGGAAGAAUCACCUCUGUACAUCCCGGAACAGACAAUAUUGUUCGUGUUGUUAGUGUCCGUACCAAGAACGGAAUUGUGAAAAGGGCAAUUUGCAAAAUAAGCAUCUUGCCAGUGAAUUGA